GAGAAAUGCGUUUGACACGCAGGAAUCUGUCGUAAACUACGUCCUGGGCUCUGUAUUCCGGCGUGAAAGUAGAGAAUACUAUUCUGAGCGCUUCAGAUGAUCGCAUAGGAUAUCUUCUCUACCGCAACCGAGCUAAUGUUAGCAGCUGCGAGCGGAACACUCGGCAUCUGACGGAGGCCAUGCUAUUAUGCCGUGCGAAAAUGCACCUAAAUAAUCGGAUGACAGCGCUCGGAUCCGUCGAAGGAAAACUUUUGGGCUCGGUUUACGCGGCGGGCUUGCAUUAAAGCAGGUCGUGAGGCCAUGGUGCUAUCACGCACGCAGCCGAACCGCAUCGACUGAACGCCGCUCAGACUGCGUCGCUUCUCGGGCGAGGUGUGUAUGGGUUCUGUGUACUCGAGGUCCCCGCUCCCGCAGAGGGAGACCUGACUCUACAGGCCAUAUAUUUGCCUACGACUGUCGUUUCAUGUAUGGAUGGACGCGUGCAUGUUUUGACAGUAUCCUGCGUGCAUCGUUGCAGUCGGCACAGCGCAUCCCAAGGAGGGGCUGUUACUCUAACAAACACACAUUGGCUCCGUCGAAGCCUUUAAUUUGAGUCCCUAAGAACAUUACGUAGGGCUUGCAGCGUACGCUACGUCUUUUCGAAGGAGAAAAAAUAUCGGAUGACAUUGCAGUCUCUCCCCUCGGAGAGAUAUAACGUAAGCCUCGCUCGGUUAUUAACAAGGGAAGGUGGAGCACUGUCCGUCGUACGUGCUGACGCAGUGGGAUUUCUACGCGUGGUCUGCGUUUCGGCCCGCCCUUCCCGCGGUGACGGUGAUGGGUCGGAAGCGGUGUGUCGGUGCAGAUUGUUCGAAGAUGGCGGCAGGGUGCUGCGGGGUGAAGAAGCAGAAGUUGUCGGGAUCCCCCGGUGCGGGGAGCGGAGUAGCCGGGACCGGACAUUGUGGAUCGGAAUUGGGGAUCGGAUCGUCGUCGAGUGUUGUGGCCGGGAACGUGACUCGGAUGAACGGCCUGGGGGGUCCGGGGAGCAGCAGCAGCACCAAUGCUCUAUCCCCAACUCCAGGAGGAUACACCUCCACCGGCCUCUCCCCGACCCUCAGCCCCGGCUCCGGAGCCAGGAAAAUGGUCGUUUCGGCGGAGAUGUGUUGCUUUUGCUUCGACGUGCUUUAUUGCCAUCUCUACGGAUACCAGCCUCCUCGAACACCCAGGUUUACAAACGACCCCUACCCACUGUUUGUCACUUGGAAAAUCGGCCGGGACAAGCGGUUAAGGGGUUGUAUAGGUACAUUUUCUGCCAUGAACCUGCACUCAGGACUCAGGGAGUACACGCUUACCAGUGCCCUUAAAGACAGUCGCUUUCCCCCCAUGACGAGGGACGAGCUGCCGCGCCUCUUCUGCUCAGUGUCUCUGCUCACAAACUUCGAGGAUGUUGGUGAUUAUCUAGACUGGGAGGUGGGUGUUCAUGGCAUUAGGAUAGAAUUUUUUAAUGAAAAAGGAUCAAAGCGCACCGCCACCUACCUGCCAGAGGUUGCGAAGGAGCAAGGAUGGGACCACAUUCAGACUAUAGAUUCCUUACUUCGAAAGGGAGGUUACAAAGCUCCCAUCACAAAUGACUUCAGGAAGACUAUUAAAUUGACCAGGUACCGUAGUGAAAAGAUGACCAUGAGCUACGCAGAAUACAUCGCCCACCGCCAGCAUCAUCACUACCAGAAUGGCAUCGGGCACCCUCUCCCUCCGUACAACCAUUAUUCCUGACAGCGAGCCGCAUGACCAGCCACUGGACCUCUCGGCGGACAUCUUUCCGGGAGAGCCCGCCCCCUCAUGGUCUAGCUAUCUGUACUACUGUACCAUUUUAUGAUGAUAGUUUCCGUUGCCAUGUCCUCAGUCCGUUGGAGGCAUGGCAGCGGGUGGCAAAUAAGCAUUAGGUGAUUAUAAAGCGAAAAAAUACAAUUCAUUUAUUUUGUCAUUUUUAUUCUUUAUAUUAAUUUAGUUUUUGCAGCAUAUAUAUAUAUAUAUAUAUAUAAAUAAAUAUACCAACCCCUUUCCUUUUUAAGCAAAUAAACAAGUUUUUUUUGUUGUUGUUAUAACAAAUUUCCUAAAAUCAGGUUUCUCAGUCUGUGGAUGGAAAUAAGUCAUAUUAAAUGAUGGGCAAGUUUUGAAGAUGCUUCUUAUGUACGCUCAGCUUUAGUUACUUUUGUGGCAAUUUUUCUUUUGUUUCAUUUUAGUUUGACUUUAUCAUAUAGGCAAC